AUGUCGUGGAGAUAUGCAUUGAAGCAUUACGUCACCAAUCCAGAAACCAUGGAUGAUGGUACGGUCAUUUACUUUGACGACAAAGUCUCCAUCAUCAAGGACUCGUUUCCUAAAUCAGAGUGUCAUUUAUUGAUCUUACCACGAUCUACACAGUUGAGUAGGGGUCAUCCCACCAAGGUAAUUGAUUCCAAAUUCAAGAACGAAUUCGGGCCAUACGUUCAUUCUGCAACUAACUAUAUUUUCAGACAUAUGCGGGACAAGUUCAGAGUGAAGAAAAGUGUUCAUGACAAUGACCCAAACUGGGACGGUGAUAUUCUAGAGGACAAAGACAAAUUUGUAAGAAAAUUCGUACAAAUUGGGAUACACAGUGUGCCUUCAAUGGCCAAUUUACAUAUACACAUAUUAUCCAGAGAUUUCCAUUCGGUAAAAUUGAAGAACAAAAAACACUAUAAUUCAUUCAAUUCUGCAUUUUUCAUUGAUUGGGAUGAUUUACCACUAGGAAAAAAAUCGUUGGGAAGUGAUAAGGACAUUGAAACAAAGUAUUUGAAAAAUCAUGAUUUGGUUUGCUGCUAUUGUCACGAAAAUUUUAGUAAUAAAUUUACGUCAUUGAAAAAACAUUUAGAAUUGGAGUUCAAUGACCAUUUUGAGCUCAAAUAA